ACUUCCCGCCUGAGUUCCCCUACCCCCUUCCUCCGAAAUUCCCGGGAGAAGGGGUGGAAGACCCCAGGGGGAGGGUGAGGGAGAUUCUCCGGCAGCGCUUUCCCCUUCCUCCUCCGCCCCACCCCUCCGGGCGCGCAGGAAGGCAUGGAUGUGCUCAGCCCUGGCGGGGGCAAUAAUACUACGUCUCAAGGACCCUUUGGAACAAAAGCCAACGUUACUAGAAUUUCUGACGUGACCUUCAGCUACCAAGUGAUCACCUCUCUGCUGCUGGGCAUGCUCAUUUUCUGCGCAGUGCUGGGCAAUGCGUGCGUGGUAGCUGCCAUCGCCCUGGAGCGCUCCCUCCAGAAUGUGGCCAACUAUCUCAUCGGUUCGCUGGCGGUCACUGACCUCAUGGUGUCAGUGCUGGUGCUGCCCAUGGCUGCGCUGUACCAGGUGCUCAACAAGUGGACUCUGGGCCAGGUCACCUGCGACCUGUUUAUCGCUUUGGACGUGCUGUGCUGCACCUCAUCCAUCCUGCACUUGUGCGCCAUCGCUCUGGACAGGUACUGGGCCAUCACGGACCCCAUCGACUACGUGAACAAGAGGACGCCCCGGCGCGCCGCUGUGCUCAUCUCGCUCACUUGGCUCAUUGGCUUCCUCAUCUCCAUCCCUCCCAUGCUGGGCUGGCGCACCCCGGAAGACCGCUCGGACGCCGACGCGUGCACCAUCAGCAAGGACCAUGGCUACACUAUCUACUCCACUUUCGGCGCUUUCUAUAUCCCUCUGCUGCUCAUGCUGGUUCUCUACGGGCGCAUUUUUCGAGCCGCGCGCUUCCGCAUUCGCAAGACGGUCAAGAAGGUGGAGAAGAAGGGAGUUGACACCCGUCUCGGAACUUCGCUGGUCCCGCCCUCCAAGAGGAGGGUGAACGGGCAGCCAGGUGACAGAGACUGGAGGCGGGGUGUGGAAAACAAGGCCACGGGGGCUCCGUGCGCCAACGGCGCCUUGAGGCAGGGCGACGAAGGCGCCACCCUGGAGGUGAUCGAGGUGCACCGCGUGGGCAACUCCAAAGAGCACCUGCCUUUACCGAGGGAGCCCAGUGCUGAUCCCGGCGUCCCCACCUCCUUUGAGAGGAAAAAUGAGCGAAACGCCGAGGCGAAGCGCAAGAUGGCUCUGGCCCGUGAGAGGAAGACAGUGAAGACGCUGGGCAUAAUCAUGGGCACCUUCAUCCUCUGCUGGCUUCCCUUUUUCAUCGUGGCCCUGGUCCUGCCCUUCUGCGAGAGCAGCUGCCACAUGCCCACACUGUUGGGCGCCAUAAUCAACUGGCUGGGCUACUCCAACUCUCUGCUAAACCCGGUCAUUUAUGCCUACUUCAACAAGGACUUUCAAAACGCGUUUAAGAAGAUCAUCAAGUGCAAGUUCUGCCGCCCAUGAUGAUGAAAAGCCCGAGAAUAAGGCUAAGGGACCAGGCUCAUUCACUCUGCCUCUCUCAGCACCCUGGAAUCAACACCUGAAAUAACUUACACUACAUUUCCUCUGACAUUUUUUUCUGCUUUUGCGCCCUGGGUUUCCGACCUCGCCUCCUCCUGCUCUCCAUGAGAAGGGGCUCCAGGUGUGGUACUCAAGCGUCCGCCCCGGAAAUUCCCGGGCUCGGUGAGAAGCGACAAGGUCUCAGAUUUCUGUCUAAGCAUCAGGUUUGGUCUCAUUAUUCACCUCCUCCGUCAGCCAUUCAAGGAAGAAAACCCACGCAGAAAAAUAAACUGCACACAGUCGCUGCGCCCCCUAAGGGCUUCCACCUGCCUGCCCCACUUCUAAAACUUGGACUUUGACGUUUAGGACGUAAUUUCGUCUCCUUUGCCCUGUUACCACUCCUCUGGUUUCAUUGCUUCUUUGCUUUCCCUGCUUGGCUCUCUGCCUUCCCCCCCGUCCGUAAGCACUCACUGCAGAUCUGGGAGGGCGGUAGGGUCUGCUUUUCGCCAGGCGGGUGGCUGCUCCUUGGGUAGACUCGCAGAAUAACCUGUGCAGUCCCACUUGCUGUGUUUUCUAGGACUCAGAACAAGCGGCUGGAAGGUGCCUCUUAGAGUGGACUUGUAAGUACAAAGCUGGGCCAGUGGGGCAGAGCCAGGAGAGUGCGGUCCUUUUUGUCCGUGCUUGCCUUGGUGUCAGCACUCACCAAAGAAACUGACAAUCAGGGGAAAAGUGGACUUUUGUUCUUAUAAGUGGCCGGCCAGUCUUCACUUCCUGGCAUUGCCACUUAUCUACUGCGGGAGGCGCCCGCCGGCCGCGUAGUGGGCGCCGGGGACGCGAGAGGCCUGCGCUCUGCAGCCGGGUAGCACGUUCUGCCAGCCGGCCUGAGUUCCAGGGGCCAGGGUGCUCUGCGUAGCUCCUGGACGCGGUGAAGCGCGGGUGGGUCAAAUUGGGGUUUCUUAAAGCAGGGGACACCUGGUCCUGCGGGAGCUCUUGUUAACCCAGGAGACCCAGAAACACUGAAAGCGGGGGCACGGCACGGGGAAGGGAGGCGAAGAGGAAAGCUUCCAGCAGCUCUCCUCCUGGAACCUGAAAGGGCAGUUUAUGGAUGGGAUGCAGACUUUUCACUCGCCUGUUUGUCGCUUCUCUAUGGGAGAGUAGCUCUGUUUAGUGUUGUCUCCGCAGUGCACUGGAUUUGUUCUACAGGACGUCCAGAACACAAAGUUAGCAGAAUGUUUGUUUUCAUGUGAGAAUUCUGACUUUUCAAUGGAAUGGCUCUCACACAGCUGGCACUAUCUGUGAUCUCAGAGGCUGAGACCUUAAAUAGCGGGCCUCAGAGGGCUAGUUAGGUGCAGCCCUCUCUGAAGAGUCUCUGAGCAUCUUGUAGGGGAUUAUAUUUGCUCCCUGACCCAGAGGUUCAAUAUCCCGAGUCUCCUCCAGGAGCCUAAGGGAAACCAGCUUUGUGUCCUUUGAAUUUAUGGAACAUUCCAAGCUUUCCCUCACUCACCACUUACUCUUCCAGAGUUUUCAUUCCUGCCGAGUUAAUAGAAUCUUUGCUGUGCCCAGAAAGGGAAGUUAUUUCGGUGCUCCGUUUGAAAGUAAAUCCCAAUCACAUGAAAGGAGAUCAAGCAGUUUGUCAUAGUUAGAUCUUAUCCUUUAAUUUUCCUAAUGAGCAAUGGUUUUAUUCUCCAGUAAUUACACAGUUAUUGAAUCUUACUCCCCUCUCCCUUCAAUAUACCUUUUAAAUGUUUGCAUCUGCUGUUUUGAAAACCGUGUUGCAUUUUUACAGGUUGCAAAAUUGCCAAUGAAAUAUUCACUUGUGUUUAUAAAUAAGAAGGUGAAAGGACAGCUCUAUCACUUGAAGCCAUUGUAUUGCUUUUCAAACUUAACAAAGCCUACAUUUUGUUGUCUUUUUCUCUAAACUGCCAGAUUGUAUGGCCAUAAUUUUGGAGCAUUUGUUCCUGCUUUGGAGGCUUUACACAAGAAUGGAGAAGGAAAAUCUAAUUGGAUUGUAAUUGCCAAGUAAUAGAGAAAUUAGAGAAAUAAGUGCAAAAGGACUGCAUAGCUCUAAAAAGCAUUUGAUGCUUUUUUUUUCUUUUAAAAUACUUGUAUUAAGGUUAAGUAUUUAUGCAUCAAAAUUGACCUUCACUUCUCCUUGUAACAAUAAAGAACUUUACUAAUGGCAAUGCUACAAUAAACUGAUAACAGUAACAUAUGCAUCUUUGUUUAA